AUGACCGGCUCCGAGGCCGUUGCCACGAUGCACGACGCUUACGUGCUGUUCGGAGCGUUUCUGUGCAGCGUGAACUCCAAUCAAGGCACCAUCUACGACCAGGACUGGUUCCAGAAACGCGUGAACGACAUCGUCGCACUGUUUCCAGCAGUUUUGGAGUCGCCACCAGUGCCGCUCUACAGCGAGUCGCAGGCAGACGAACUUUCCGCCUUAGGAGAACGGUGGCCCUACACCGCAGCCCACAUCGUGUGCACUAUCGACGAAGCCCGUUUCCAGGGCCCAAUGGAGCGAGUGCAGGAGUAUGUCUGCGCACACUGGAACACUGCAGAGAUGAUUGGGGUGGAACCACAACCCUUGGAAAGCGCCACAUCUGAGCCUCCCGUGCUACAACAGGCUGCAGAAGUCUCCAGAUCCCCGAAUUCUCUGUUGUCAGUGCCCCAGGAACUCGCCAUAUCCAUGACUCCUGUGGCGCAACAGCACCAAGAUAUAACAUCCAUAGCUGGUGACACAAUGUAG